AUAACCCGGAUCCCACACUCACGGAACGCGAAGUCCUUUACACACAAGCACAGAGUAACGGUCUCGAUGCUCUUAGAGACGGACGUGGCACUCUUCAGUCUAGUGCCACAGCGCCAAGGUGUCGGUUCCCUCCUACGCCCACGCCCACUCCCCCCUCAGACUCCUACAGCCCACGCCCACUCCCCCCUCAGACUCCCACAACCCACGCCCACUCCUACUCCUCCGAACUCCCUCCCCCGCCCAUGAAAACCCGACCUGGCCGCCCAUACGUUCAUCGAUUUCCGGAUAAGAUGACACAUCGGGAGAACCUCCGACGCGCGGCCGGCGUGACGAGGAGCUCUCGGGCGCCGACGGGAGGCCGAGGGGAGACGCCGACGGGAGGCCGAGGGGAGACGCCGACGGGAGGCCGAGGGGAGACGCCGACGGGAGGCCGAGGGGAGACGCCGACGGGAGGCCGAGGGGAGACGCCGACGGUGAACAAUGGCGUCACGCAGCCGUCGCCAACCUCUUCAGGGACUUGCACGCGCGGCCUCUUGCACCUGCAGCGGCCCUAA